AUGGGUGAUUUCUGUGAUCGCUUUCCUCGGAGAUGCUGUUCUUCGUUGCCCCUAGCUGCUGGAUUUGGACACAUAAGAUGUUUAAGAUCACUAAUUGAAAAAGCAGCGGAUAUAAGUCAGAUAAAUGCAGCCACACUUGGAUUUGGUUCCACGCCUUUAAUGGUUGCAUUUGAGAAGCAACAGCUUGGAGCAGUGAGGUUUCUUCUCAAUCAAGGCGCUGACGUCAACCUGAAAGACGAUUAUGGUUUCACCGCGCUUCACUUAGCCACUGUAAGCUCCAUGUAUGAAGUCGUGAUCUGCUUGGUCGAAAACGGCGCUGAUGUCAAUGCAGUGAAUUUGAGGGAUGUGACCCCGUUGAUGAUGGCUUGUGAUGACGACUCGAACAUGGAUGUAGUAAAAUAUCUCAUGAGACGCGGUGCUGACAUGCAUCUAAAAGACGUUGAUGGCUUUACCGCUCUUUUAUAUGCUAUCACCUCGGAUUCGGACUUUGCGCUUGACAUUUUGCGUUUUCUGAUUCAAAAUGGAGCUGAUGUUAACACAAGAAACCUUCAAGAAGCCACCCCACUAAUGCUUGCUAGUUGGAACGGUUAUUUAGACAAAGUAAAAUUUCUCAUUGAACAGGGAGCUGAUGUGGAUGUUCAAGACGAAAAUGGAGAUACAGCGCUUCACUAUGCUGUCUCGACUGAUGAACCAUCACCCGAACAAAUUGUGAAUAUUCUUCUGAUUGCUGGUGCCUCCCGUCAAAGUAACACCUCAGGAUUGACACCUCUUCUUACGGCAUGUAAUAGCCGCAGUGUAGAUGUGGUAGAAUUUUUAAUCCAGCAACCUGAAAUAACCAAAGAGCAGGGAUGCGAUGCUCUGGAGCUUCUUGGGGCUUCAAUUCUAACUUAUACUGUUAAUCGCCAGGAGAUGAAUAGUGCCGACCAGGAUGUUGAGAAAGGAUUAGAGUACAUCAAGCGUGGCAUGGCCGAGAGACUCGCUGAUCCUUCAAAUCUGUUGCCAAAAAGGCCUGUGGUGGAGCCUGUUGAAGCCUAUCAGUUCAGGAAAGAAAGUCAAACAGUCGAGGAACUCGCUGAGAUUGAAGGUGAUAUGAAUGCUCAACUCAUGGAAAGCCUCAUUAUUAGAGAAAGAAUCCUUGGAGCAGACAAUGUAGAACUGACACUUCCAAUUACCGAAUGUGUUCCUUUUUAUUUCGAGAACAAUGAUUUCGCCACUUACCUAGGGUUUUACAAACGCGCCUUUAAUAUUGCGAAAAACCAUAAUCAGUCAGACAUAAUUGCUGUUUUAAAUGCCUUAAUUUACAUGUUACACGAAAGGGUAAAUUAUCUGCCUAAAGAAAUGAUUUUCCUUCAAAUGCUUGAUCAAUUAAUUCACGAUUACACAAACGUCCUACACAUGCCAGAGUUAAAAGAUCUUGAUCACAAGCUUUUGUAUGAGUCUUUGCCAGAUCUACUUACAAUUGUAAGAAAAUUUAAAGAUAGUGAAGAGUUGUUGAGUAUGUCUGAGUUCGUGAAGAGUAUUCAUGGCUUAACCCUUAAAUGUCAUGGGUCCUAUGGCUAUGCUACUAGUUAUACUCAUGGUAAUUCACUGUUACGAAAAUAUGUAAGGUCGCAUGGCAUGGGUGAAAAUCACACCGAUGAAGUGAAGUUUCUUUUGGAGGCAGGGUGCGACGUAAACACCGUCGAUCAAAAUGGAAAUACUCUAUUGCACAUGGCAGUCACUUUUAUGCCCAGGCACAACGAUACUCAACAUUUCACUGACAUGUUGCAGAUUUUGAUGGAGGCGCUCAUCAUGAUUUUGUGA